AUGGCGACCGUACAUCCCUCACGCAUGGGUUUAGUCCCUCAAGACCCAAAAGAUAUUAACCUCUCCCGCAGACGUGCACGCUCCCCUUCACCACGAGCACAGCACCCCACCACGACACAGCUGAACGAGAAAGAGAAAGAGACAACGGCAGGAACCGAGCACGGGACCGUAGCAGAGAACAAAAGAGGGACAGGAGGGGGGAUGAUACGUGACAGGAGCGCUGAUAGAGGACGGGAGCGUGACAGAGACAGAAGCAGAGAACGGCGUCGGGCAAGUCCCGAGUACACAGACUAUAGGCGCCCUGCCACACCUCUGGCCGCUGAGGCUCCCUGGCGGAAUCAGGAGAAUGUGUACCCUAACCGACAAGGGAGGGAUAGACCACCGCAUGCUGGUGGGUCGUAUGGUGGAGGGGGGAGUGAGUAUUUGGAAAGCCGUCGAGUACAAAGAGAAGCUUCGACAAUAAGUGUUUGGCCUUCUUCUCCCAAAGCUCCAACAAGGACACUUUCACCUUCCCGCGACUCAAAAGCACGCGGAAAAUCUAAACGUGACCGGUCAGAAACGCCCACAGACGAUUCUGACAGCGACGAGGAGCGCAAGCGGAAGGAACGCAAGGAACGAAAACGUGCGCGGAAAGAGAAGGACAGGGCUGAACGGAGGGAGAAGAAGGAAAAGAAAAGCCGAGCGCCUAGCAGACGCCGGAGCUACGACAGUGAGGAAGAACACCGAGAGAAAAGCCGGCAAAGCGAAAGCAAAAGCCAUCCUCGCAGCCCAAGUCCCAGCCGUACCCCAUCCCCCGCUCGUGCAUCUGAAGAAGACGAAUGGGUAGAGAAACCCACCACUGCACCCUUUGCCUCUUCAUCUACGGCUGCACCAUCCCGUCACAUGCCGAACAAGCGGCGGACGAGGACUUUGAUGAUGAUGAUGACUGACGACGACGACGAUGUCGGGCCUCAACCGCUAUACAAGGCUAUCACGAAGAAGUUUGACGAACGUGCUUAUGGCAGUGCUCUACUUCGCGGUGAAGGUAGCGCCAUGGCCGCCUUCUUACAGGACGACACGGACUCGCGUAUUCCACGACGUGGUGAGAUUGGUCUUACCUCGGACGAAAUUGCCACGUUCGAGUCGGUUGGCUAUGUGAUGAGUGGAAGCCGACACAAGCGCAUGAACGCAGUGCGUAUGAGGAAAGAGAACCAGGUUAUUAGUGCGGAGGAGAAGAGGGGUAUAUUGAAGUUGCAGAAAGAUGAGAGGCAGAGACGGGAGGCUAUCCUCAGGGAGGAAUUCAGUGAGCUUGUGACGGAGAAGCUCAAGGGGCCGCAAACGCAGCCAAAGUGA